AUUGCGUCUCUGCAGGACUUGCCAGAGCCGGAGAGAAAAGAGGAAAUUUGCCUGGGAAGGAAUGCGAAAGAGGGUUUAGUAUUGGCACUGCCACGAGGAAAACGAGGAGGUGCGACAUUUUCUAAGCUACGUGGAGAUCUGUGUUUUCUUCCCUUCAAAGGUGUUUGCCUCCCAACCCACCGCCCACCACGGCCCUCACCUGUGUGUUGCGGUGCUUCCCUUGUGAGCCGACCUGGGCUGGCAGUCCCUUCUUGCACCGCCCGCCAACUCCGCCCAUGGUCAGAAUGACGCGCUCCAAGACCUUCCAGGCGUACCUGCCGAGCUGCCACCGGACCUACAGCUGCAUCCACUGCCGAGCUCACCUGGCCAACCACGACGAGCUCAUUUCCAAGUCGUUCCAGGGCAGUCAAGGCAGGGCCUACCUGUUCAACUCAGUGGUGAACGUUGGGUGUGGCCCUGCAGAGGAGAGGGUUCUGCUCACAGGCCUGCAUGCUGUAGCAGAUAUCUACUGUGAGAACUGCAAGACCACCCUGGGCUGGAAAUACGAACAUGCCUUUGAGAGCAGUCAGAAGUACAAAGAGGGCAAGUUCAUCAUUGAGCUGGCCCACAUGAUCAAGGACAACGGCUGGGACUGAGGGACGAGCAGUCGGGACACAAUAGCAGCAAAGGAGACAGGGAGGGUGACUGGAUGGAUGGGAGGGAGGGGGGGUCGUGUGUGGUGGGUGAGUGUGUGACUUUGGUUUGGCUGAUUUACCAUUAACCUCUGUAACCCUGCCCAUCCCUCCCUACCACACCUCUUGAUGUACACACGCACACAAACACAUACACGCACACACACACACAUCAAGGUCCCAGACAUCCCAGCUUGACAGAGAGACAGACUAGGCAGGCUUGUACACAGCUAGCAGGACUAGAUGAUUGGCCGGCAAGAUGUCUUGUUUUCACGUUUUUACUGAAACGUAAAUCGAUAGCUCUUCAAAAAGGUGGCAUAUAGGUGGCAUCUAUACCUCUUCAUCGUGUGAAGUGUUUCACCGUGUGUAACAUUUAUGUCAAAACCAGUUGUUAACAGGUCGUUCAGUGGAAAUUUAGCCAAAAGGAGAGCGGUUAUGCCAACCUGGUUCAUUGGCCUUGUUUGACGAGCUGACGGGCAUUCACUCUGUCCCCAGCUUAAAUCAGAUGACCUAAAAUGAUUAUAGCAAAUCUAGCCGAACGGGGCCAUGCCAGCUGGGCCAGUGAUGAGGCCUGGCGCUGAGGCUUGGCACGGAGGCCCGAGCACAUGGGUGUUGGGUUGUGGCGCAGGGGUGGGGUGGGUGCAGGGAUAACUGCCCACCAGACCGCUCUUUGGCUUCUGGCUGGGAUUCGCUCAAUGUUUUGCCAGUGAUGCAGCUCAGGACCGUCCGAGAGUGAAAGAGAUACAGACAGACAGCCACCCAGCUUGUCCUAAAACCUCACAGGAAUUUCCCGUCUCAGCAGCAAAGCAUGUCCCCUGGGUUUUAUUCAUCCUCUAAUAUAACGAGUCGUGUAAAGUGAUCUGCUGAUCCUUCCCGUGUACGUCUGCGUCCACCUUUGUUACUUGGCCAGAUAGAAUUACACAACAUAAGCGUGUCUCAGGUGAAAAACUUUGGCUGGGAUUCCAAAAGGUUUGCGAGCACUGCAAGCAUUUGUUCUGCCGUUGGAAGUCGAUGAGUUAAGGUGACGAGGCUCUGCAGGCUUGGGGGAGGCAGCUGGAGACACUACGCCCGCUAUCAUGCAAUUAACAGUGUGAUUCGAAGUAACUGAAACAAAUGGCCAAUGCAUGACUGCUUUCAUGGGCCAAAAUGAAAAUAUUAAAGAAAUUAACACAGAAAGUAAACGGUUACUUUUACUGAAGUCACGAGAUAUAUACAUGACCACAGAGGUGUGUACUGUAGAUGCAUAUGUAGACAAAUGUAUCACUCGUAGGCUCUCUUUCAGUCUGGGAUGACUGCUGUUUAACUGUUGUUACACUGAUCUUCACUAACUGGCCAUCACAAAACAUUACAAACCUACUGGGCAACAUUGUGAAGCAAUGCACUAGAUAGACUCUCUUGCUUAUUCUUUUGUUCCUAAAUACAUUAUCUUCUUAGGUUGACCCCAGUUUCAGAUCAUUUUUCUUCCACCUCAGUUAGCUUAAAUAUUCCUCACGCAUCUCGGGCCUUCCGAGUUAUGACACCUGGGAAAUAUUUGAGGUAACAUUAAUGGGAAGCAUUGCUCAGGUACCUUUAUGCUACUUUUCUUUGCUAAGGAUCCUACUUAAUGUGCUGGAUGUGUUAAUAUUCUCUAAUGGAAAUUCAUCAUUUUUCAAAUGAGAGAAUCCAUCUCGUUGAAAUGCAACGUUAAUGCAUGCAUGACGUAAAACAAGUGUUCUGACCAGUUCUGUUUCUCGGUCCUCGUCACAUUUUCUUGCGAAAAGAACAUUUUGUGUUGCAAUGAAACCUUGUGCUGUAAAUCCAACAUUGAAUCCGUUUCUCCUCGGUCCAUUUGAGCUACGAGGUCCUUGUUUUUCAGAUUAAACGUGAUCCUGGUUUAGAAAAAGUCAAAUGAGUUGCCCUAUUUGUCACAUAUAGUGAUGCGUGUUGCGAACAUUGCUCUCGAAGUUGCCCUGUGUGUGGCGAGUGCUGUUCAAGACUCUCCAGUUACAACCGAACCUAAAACAGAAAACUCUUCAGUAACGCUCAGCAGUCGGAGGCUGCGUCAUUAAACCCAGCACAACCAAAGAACCCACCCAUCAACAACAAAUUGACCAAACAAAAGAUCUCAUUUUGCUUUGGCAAAGUGUCGAAAAACAACGGGGUGUGUACAGCUGAAAGCCAAGGUUGUGGAUAGCCUUCUCUUGUGAUAUAUAUAUAAUGCAUUAUGAUUUUGUAAACAAAAGAACCUAAUAUAUGAAUAUAUUCUAUUUACUGUAUUCACCACGAGGAUUACCAUUCAUGUCAACCUCUGUGUUACAGACUGUAAAUAGUGUUAAUGUAUUGUGUUUUAUCUAUGAUCCAUACGAUGAUGAAUGAAUAUGAUUUAGGUCAUGUCAUGCUUUCUCUCUGGUACCCCACAUUGGCUGUACGAUAAUACUUUUUUACUGAAAAUGUUUCAAUUUUAAUGUCUUUUGUAAAGGAGGAUGCUGAUGUUGACUAUAUAUCAUUGGAUCUUCAUCUAAUAAAAUGCACCUUGAUAUCUGUA